AUGGACAUGUCUCCUGCUGAGUGCCCCGGCCCGGCCCUCCCAGCCGCAGCACCCGCGGAUGCCGCAGCGCCUCGCCCAGGGGACACGGCAGCGGUCCAGCCAGCGGAGCAGAGCGCGGGCCGCCGGACCCCAGAGGCGGCCCCGGCCGAGGAGCUGGUACCGCGGGGGGGCAGCGCUGCCGGAUGGCCACCGCCGCGCCUCAGCCCGCGGGGCCGGGGCCAUUCCAGCACAGCCAAGCCAGGCUCGAGGCACCGUCCGGCUCAGCCAAUCCCGACCCGUCCUUUCAAACCGGCAGGUUGUGUCCUGUCCAAUCCUGGCCCGCCCCUUCGAUCCGCCCCACGCGGCGCCCCGGACAAGCUCUCCCUGUUCUCACCCAAUCCCGACCCGUCCUUUCAUUUGGGCUCCGUCCCCGCUGCCCCGUUCCAACCAAUCGCAGCCCGUCCCUUCAAUCCGGCCCCACUCCAGCCCGCUCUCCCGUUCCCUGCGGGAUGCCGCCGCCGUGAGCCCGUCUGGAGCAGGAGAACCCAGCUCAGCAGCACCCCCAAAAGCCCCAGGGCUGUGUUUUCAGGGACCUCCUGCUCUGUAAGCGGAAGGCAGGAUCAGGGCUGCUGGCACUCCGACCCGAGAGCCCAGGCUCUCCCCGGAGCACCGCCGAGCGGCCUCGGCCCCGACCUCAGCCCAGACGCACUUACUGCCGCUUGCGACGGCCCCCAGGCCGCCUCCUAUGCCCCGUGCAGUCCCGGGCACACUCUGUCUAGCCCAACCCGGCCCGUCCUUUCAAUCCAGCUCCUCUCCGUCACUCUCCAUCCCGCCCAAUCCCGGCCCGAAUCCAUCCCUUCAAUCCGGCCCCGUCCUACCCGGCUCCCCAGCACCGACAGCCCCCUUCCACCGAUAGUCCCGGCCUCUGCUUCUCCCCUGAGCGCCCCCGGCACGGCGGCGCUCCCAGGGGCGCGCGGUCUCUCUGAGCCCCGGCUCUUCCCGGCUUUGGAGACAGGGACGAGGAGCGGCCGCGCUGCGGGCCCACCGCCUGCGCUCCCUGGGACCCAUCGACCAACUGCUGCUGCAGGGGUUGCGGCACCACGGCGGCGGCAGCACCGAGGCCCGCGGCGAACGCGAGAGAGGGAUGUAGCCGGAUUGAAAGGACAGGUCGCGAUUGGUCAGAGCGGGACGGAGGGGGCAGGGCUGGUUUGA